AGUCAGUAGUUGAUCGGUGGCGGUUCAACGUCUUAGUAGAGUAUUGUUGUCGGCGCUGUGCGGUCACGCUUGUCCAUCUCUCUCGUUGCUACCUAGAUAUUUACUUCAGUGUAGAACCGAAUCAAGUUGCGCGCGUGAGAAGUCCCUUUCGCGAAGUGGUUUCUAACCAGUUCACAGUUCCGUGUCGGGGUUCGAUCUGUUGUUGUCGUUGGAGUCAAUCGCAGGCAGUUCUAAUUAAGAAGCGAAAACUCUGACAAAGCUAACUUUUGGGAAUGCAUUUCACGCAAAAGAGUCGUUGAGGCUCGUGCCAAGCAGAUGAAGGAUAAUAUCCGUUACGAUAACGGUCGUUUCCGGAAUUUGCCUGAGAUUCUCCCGUUGAAGCACACAAAAUAAGACCUUCAGUUCGGAUUACCGAUAAGAUACGGAGAAUUGCUGUACACCCCUCGGAAACACUGCCGACGAUUGUGUAGGAGUAGUACGAAUAUUGUUUUUUUUUUACGUUUUCGCGAAUGCAAUCGAUUAUCGGAAAGUGGUGACAUAAUCAGCGGUGUGAAGAAUAAUACAAAGUGUGUGUUUGUGCCUAGUGCGUUGAAAGUGGUCUGGCGCCAUGGCUGAAGCCCAUUCAGCUGUUGCAUUCUCGUUUUCCAUCACCCACGAGGGAUGGCACCUGAACUACGACCGGGAAGUGCUGAACCUGGUCUGGCAGUCCGGUAUCAGAUCCUGGAAGAAGCGGUUGGCGCGGUUUAGGAGUGGCGUUCGCAACGGCGUAUAUCCUGCACAUCUUCAGAGCCUCUGGCUGGUGAUAGCCGUCGCCAUAGCACUUCAUUUCUCACAGAGGCACGUUCCAUUCAAUUUAGUUAGUAAAUUCCUAGGAUUAUUACCAGGUGAUACGGUAGGGUACCAACUGGCGGCAUGUGGUCUGGCGGGUCUCCUAUUCUGGCUGUGCAUAUGUUACACAAUGCGAUACUCGCUCAAACUGCUGCUCAUGUACAAAGGGUGGAUGUACGAAAAGCGAGCCCCGGGCAGUAAGGUAUCCCUGCCGACACGACUAUGGGCACUUUUUGUCAAAGUAUUAGCAACGUGGAACAAACCUGGCCUGUACAGUUUCCAGGGAUCACUGCCGCGUUUGCCGCUGCCCAGCGUCCAGGAGACCAUGUCGAGGUACCUGCGAUCGGUUCGGCCACUGUUGGACGAUAGUAAUUUCACUCGCAUGGAAUCGUUGGCUAAGGAGUUCGAGAGCACGAUUGCCCCUAAGCUGCAGCGCUAUCUUAUGCUGAAGAGCUGGUGGUCUACCAACUACGUAUCCGAUUGGUGGGAGGAAUACGUUUAUCUGCGUGGUCGAGGUGCCUUGAUGGUGAACAGCAACUUCUACGGAAUUGACGCCAUCUUCACGCAACCUACCACAAUUCAGAGUGCUCGCGCAGCUAGCGUAAUCAACAUGUUGCUUCAGUUUAGAAGAAUCGUCGAACGUCAGGAGCUGGAACCCAUUCUGGUGCAAGGACUGGUCCCACUGUGCUCGUGGCAGUAUGAACGUAUCUUCAACACUGUUCGCGUGCCGGGCGUUGAGACUGAUAAGAUCGUACAUUACCAGGAUUCCAAUCACAUUGUGGUGCUGCACCGUGGCUGCUACUACAAAGUAGUGAUCUAUCAUAAUGGUCGCAUCUUGCGACCCUGCGAAUUGCAGAUUCAGAUUGAGGAGAUCCUGAACAGCAGUGACAAACCGCAGGCCGGAGAGGAGCUGCUGGCCGCGUUGACUGCUGGCGAUCGAACCAAGUGGGCGCAAACCAGGGAAACUGUGUUCGCCAAGGGUGUGAACAAGACUUCGCUACAUCUGAUCGAAAGUGCUGCGUUUGUGCUUUCGCUGGAUGAGCAUCCGUUCGAGUUCGACAUGGCACACCCGGAGAAGUUGGAUCAGUUCGGACGGUAUCUGUUGCACGGCAAUGGACACGACAGAUGGUUCGACAAGAGUUUCACGGUCUGCGUUGGAUCCAAUGGCAGAAUUGGAUUCAAUUCCGAACACACGUGGGCUGACGCGCCUGUGAUGGCACACGUUUGGGAGAACAUUGUUGCAGAAGAGCAGAUUCAGAAACGAUAUGAUGAAAAUGGAAACACCCUCGGUAUUCCAGAGUUUGAACCACCAAAGCCGAAACGCCUUGCGUUCGAUCUUGACAAUCCGGUAGCGCUGGACGCUAUCCAAGAGGCUCACCUCGCCUCGCAAAAGCUACUCAACGAUGUGGACCUGCGCAUAUUCGUGCACGACGCCUACGGCAAGGGAUUGAUGAAGAAGUGUCGUCUAUCGCCGGAUGCCUAUCUCCAGAUGGCCCUGCAGUUGGCCUACUACCGGGACGCCGGAAAGUUCUCGCUAACCUACGAGGCGUCCAUGACUCGCUUGUUCCGCGAAGGUCGUACCGAAACCGUCCGUCCCUGUACGAUCGAGUCUGCGGCGUGGGUCAAGGCGAUGGAGAAUCCCAAGAUUGGGGUCGAAGAACGGGUAAAACUGCUGAACGCAGCCUGCGAUCGUCACCAGCUAGGCUACCAGGACGCCAUGUGCGGCAAGGGUAUCGAUCGGCACCUGUUCUGUCUGUACGUUGUGUCGAAGUAUCUCGAGCUGGAUUCGCCCUUCCUAAAGGAGGUGCUCAGCGAACCAUGGCGGUUGUCCACUAGUCAAACCCCGCACGGCCAAACCGCCAAGAUGGACCUGAAAAAGCAUCCGAACUGUAUCAGCGCUGGUGGCGGCUUCGGACCCGUGGCCGACGAUGGCUACGGUGUGUCGUACAUCGUGGCCGGCGAGGAUUUGAUAUUCUUCCACAUUUCGUCGAAGAAGAGCUGUGGAACGACGGAUUCGGAACGUUUCGCCCAACAGAUCGCGAGGGCACUGGCCGACAUCAAGCACCUGUUCGAGCAAUACAAAACGCAACAGCAAAAGCAGAAGAGCGUAACCAACGGUACGGCAAACUAGAAAUUCGUUCGUAAUUUGGGGCAACCUGCUGUCUCUGUGCAGUAAGAAGAAGUGGAAGUGUCUGUUGUUCGGCACUUCCCGCAAACGACCAGAACUGAUUAAUCAACGAACAUAUCCACCGUUUUAAAGAAAGAAAGAAAGCGCGCGAGUAGCAGUCAAUAGCCCCACCCGUCGUGCGUGACUGCUAUCACCUUGUUUUGUUAUUACUACUACUGUUUAAGUUAUAUAAUUCUUGUAAAUUAAUAUGUUUAUUAGGAAAACAAGUUUUCUUUUAGUGCAGCACCAUUUUAUGUUUCGUAUAAGAGAAAGUAGGUUGCGUUGAUAUUAAAAUAAAACAUGUUUUGUUGAGAGUUUUUAGAAUUAGACAAACGGAUACUGAAGAACACUCGAUGAAUAAAAAUGGAUCUUUCAUACAACUCUUUUGAACUGUCUUGUUUAAUUGAAUGCGAGAAAACUGAAAUUUUCUAAAAGACUACUUUUGACUAUAGGCUGUUUUACACAUCCAAUUUUGCGUGCGACAAUGCUUAUUACAAUCGACGGAGCCAAAAUUAAAGGCAAUCAACACUGGUUCGAUAGACUUUAUUCAGUAUGUAUGCCAAGAUUAUUAGUAUUUUCAGUGAUAGCUGCAAUCAUUAGUGGUAGGACAAGUGUAUAUUUUCGGUGACUGUUUUUUUACCCUUAAAAGUAAAACGUUUGAUUAUCCUUAAUUUGAAAUUUUACCUGUACAAAAGUCUGUUAGUGAAAGCAAGAAGAGAUAGGAAGAAAAAGAGACAGAAAAAGUACAUCGUUGAAACUACACACCAAAAAUGAAAGUGUAACGUACCUAAACAAUAUAAGUAUCAUACUGUUGAGAAAUGUUAGAAAGGAAACUGCAUCCAGAAAUGGAUGCUGUCUCUCAGGUAAUGGGCAAGGCUUCCCGCAUCAGAUGAUUUUCCUGUUUUCUGGAGUAGCCUUUUUCAAAAAAAUCGAACUCAAACCCAACUUAGUCUAAUCCCAAUUUGAUGCAAUUAUCAAUGCAAUUUAUCGAAAACAUAGAGCGACACGCAGAGAAACACAUGUGUCAAACAUAUUAGAUAUUUAAGACUUAAGAGACGCAUUAGAAUUAUUAUAUUUAGAUCACCCGUUGAUGGAAACUGAAAGAAGCUGUAGCAUAAAUAUUCUAACAGAAGCGAAUAUAGAGAGGCGAAAGUAAUGAGAGAUUUGGUGGAAUAUAAGUAAA